AUGACGUGCCAACGAGUGCGUUUCAAAAGAAAUCAGAAAACGCACAGCACACUGCUGGAGAAAGGGGAGAUGCCGAUGGACGACGCUGAAUAUUCCAGCACUGGCUGCGAUACCUCAGAUAUGGAGAUGACUAAUUUUACCUUUGACGACGAGCCGUCCAUCAAACUGGAAAACUGGCCGCAAGCUCGGAAGGCUUUGAUCCUUGCCGUCGCCGUCAAUCUUGUCGCAAUAGCACCAACGGCUUGUCGCUUGCCGCUGGGGUCGUUUACUCUCCUAUCAAGGAUUUUGGAUUCAAUGAUGGCCACGCGUGGAAAGCUUUCCGGUCUCCAUCUACCUCGUCAGCUAUCUGAUUGGCAAGACUAUUCUCGCACCAUUGAGUGGCAAUUACGGCAGGAGAGCAGUCAACCUCGUCACAACAUUUGGCUUCAUGAUGUGGAUAACGGCAUGUACUUUUGCACCGAGCUGGGGAGAGUUUGUCUCAAAAUAAUAUGA